CUACAACUUUAACCUAAAAGGCCAAAUGCAUUGACAGUUCAAGAAUUAACAACAACAACAAAAAAAGGUGGGGGGGAGGUUGGAGUCAUCAGUGAAUGCAAAGGACAUUAUUCCAAGGUGCCUGGGAGGAGAAGAAACAAUAAGAUGAUCAAUGAUGUUCUGAAGAAGAAGAAAAAUUAGGUUAUACUUCUCAAUAUGGAUUACAAUUUGUAAUGUGCUUCAGAAUUUCAGGAUGAGACCUGGACUAAAAAAACCCUCUAGGUUUCCAAUUUAUUAUAUAACAAUGGGUCUCAGGAGGACAGCAGAGUGUCUGUGAUAUAUUUGGCUUGAUGCUGCUGGGUCCUGGAGCUCUGUAUUCUAACUCACAUGAGGCUGCUAUUAACAUCUUAUUGCCAAUUAUAGGAUGGUGUCUUCUUCCCUAGACAUGACCGGUUGAUGAAUCUUAGAGAAGAAUCCUUUUAAAGAGAUUCUUGUACCUGUAGGUGGAUUAUGGAUGCCAAAAAAGACUUCAGCAAUAGUGAAGAGAUUGAUAUAAGUGUGAAGCCUAGUACUUUGGGAUGUUAUGUAACUCAGGGUUUGAUGCAGCUCUAUAAGACCCAAAAGUUUUGUGAUGCCAUCCUGGUAGCCGAAGGCAAGCAUUUCCCAUGUCACAGGGCAUUGUUGGCUUCGUUCAGUCCAUACUUCCGUGCUAUGUUCACCAGGCCCUUUAGAGAAUGCUGGGAAAGGCAGGUUGUAUUUGAAGACAUGGCCUCAUCCAUCCUUCAGAUAAUCUUAGAUUAUCUCUACACAGGACGAUUACUACUUACAGCAGAGAUUGCACAAGAUCUUUUCACAGCAGCCAACAGGCUUGUCAUCCUCCCACUGCAGGACAUUAUUGGCAGGUUCCUAGCUGACAGCAUUUCUAUGGACAGUUGCCUAGAGAUUUAUGCUCUGGCCUAUGCUCAUAAUCACCAUACUUUGCUCCGUGUAGCCUCACGCCACAUCACCUUGAACUUUGAGCCUCUUUCUGAACAUGAGUCCUUUCCAGGCUUAGAUCUCAGUACAGUAAGCAGCAUUGUCUCAUCAGACCAACUUCUUGUUUCUUCUGAGCUAGCAGUCUACCAUGCUGUGCAGAACUGGGUCAGAUCUCAACCGGCUGAGCACUUCUCACUCAUCAAGAAGCUGAUGGAACAAGUUCGACUUCCACUUUUAACUUCUGAGGAGAUCACAAGAGUCCAGAAGGAUAUUAUUGCAGAAUAUGGGCAUGCCCAUUUACAGUGGGAGCAACUGGAUGGAGUAGGAAGGUUGCUGAAGAGUGGAGGUCUCAGGCAUGGCAUGUAUGAUGACUGGAUUGUGAGUCUGGGUCUCUUUGUAAGCAACAUGCAAGGAGGAGUAGUAGAACGUUUGAAAACUCAUUUCCUGGGGUUCAAUCUACAGACAGAAAGUUGGGAGGAGAUACCACCCUUGAUGUAUCUGGAUUCCUCUGGCUUCUUGUCUGUAGGGCACAAGCUUUACGUAUCUGGAGGACAAAGGCUUAAUGGUUCUGUUUUAUGCAAUCUGCAUGAGUUUGAUGCUCUUACUGGAAGAUGGAUGCAGCUACCUUCCAUGUCUGUACCUCGACGAGAACAUGGUUUUCUAGCAUGCAAACAGAAACUAUAUGCUUUGGGAGGCCGGAGUGGCCGAAGUGUGCUUGAUUCUGCAGAAAGCUUUGACUUAGAAAAGAAGAUCUGGUCUCCCAUUGCCAGUCUACCCUUUGCAGUGAGUCAUUUUGCCUCUGCUUCACUAAACAAAAAGCUCUACUUAAUUGGAGGGUUCUCUCAUACAAGAGCAAAUGGACUUGCCCACCGGGGCAUCCUGAUUUACAAUACAAGCUUAAAUGUGUGGAAUCAGAUGCCAUUAGCUUUUCAGUGUUACAAAUCAACUGCAGUGGCAAUGGACAAUGGCAUCUUUGUCAUUGGCGGACUUGUUGAAGAGAGCAGUCGACGUGAAACUCCUGGCACUGUAAUCAGAGCUCUGAUUUCUGGCACCCAUAAAUGUUUUUUCCUGAGCAAGGAUGGCACAGUGAGCCAAGAUGUGGCCAUCCCAGACCUUCCUAUAUUGGUCUUGCCACCUUGUGCUGUGCAGUGGCGGAGAAGAAUCCAUGUGCUGGUAGGCAAUACAAUUUACCAGUGGAAACCUGGAGAGCCACACUGGACAAGGAGUCGGAAAAGUGCUCCCAAUACAAGAGUGACGUUUCUAACUGUGGUUAAUGGAGUGACUCUGAAGGUGCCAAAGAAGACUCUGCAGCCCCUUUUACGGGAAGCCUCAGCAGCUCUGACAGCCCUUUGGGUAGCUGACAAUUAGGAGCCUUUUUGGGACUUUCAAAAUCUUAAGCCGUUUUUUCAGUAUCUUAGAGUCAUCUUCUGCCCUGAAUGGAGAAGUCCACCAUAUCAAGCUGCUAGCCUUGAUAUUACAAGGGCAGAUUUCUUUAGAAGCAGGAUUCAGUUACACUGAAGCACUUGAGAAGGAGCUCUCUGGCCCAGAGGAGUGGACUGCUGCUGAAUAAACUCCAUUCCUACUUUCAACUCA